AUGCCACUCAAUGCGAAAGCUAUCUAUUCAAAGUCCGAUGCGGACUUCUUCGCAUUCCCCAGUCGCCGGAGUACAGUGCAUAGUCGAAAGGGAAUCGUCUCGUGUACCCAGCCACUAGCUGCAGCGGCAGGUCAUAGGAUUCUCAGUCAGGGAGGAAAUGCGGCUGAUGCGGCCGUUGCUGUCGCUGCGGCGCUUAACCUGACCGAGCCGGGCUCAACUGGCAUUGGUGGCGACAUGUUCUGUCUAUUCUACGAGUCCAAAACGAAAAAGGUACAUUCGCUCAAUGGAUCCGGACGCUAUCCUGGAUCUGCGACGUUGGAAAAGGUGCGCAGGGAUCUGAACCUCGCACCUGUGCCCGGGGCUGCUGCUGGGUGGGUAGAUACGAUUGAAAAGUUUGGAAGUGGGAAGCUGUCUAUGGAGCAGAUCCUUCAACCUGCUAUUGAGAUGGCAGAGGAAGGCUUCAUUGUUUCAGAGCAUUCGUCUCAUGAUUGGCAAGAGGCCGAGGAGGAUAUUCGCUCGGCAUCACCGAGCUUCCGUGAGAUGCUUAAGACCGACCUCACGGCGAAAGACGGAGUUCGAGCUCCACGACCGGGUGAGAUUAUGAAAAAUCCUACUUUGGCCAGGACUUUCCGUACACUUGCGGUGGAAGGUAAGAAGGGCUUCUACCAGGGUCGGAUUGCGCAGGAGAUCGCGAAGGUAGUACAGGAUCUAGGUGGCUAUAUGUCUCUCGAGGAUCUAUCCCACCAUGUCGAAGUGGGCACGCAAGAGACAGAAGCUAUCUCCCUCAUUUUCACUGGCCAGGACAUUAUAUCAAAGCAAAGUCCAGGAACGGAUGGCGAGCCCAAUCAGGGUGUUCGGAUUUGGGAACACCCGCCAAACGGGCAGGGAAUUGUAGCACUUAUAGCACUCGGAAUCAUGGAGGAGCUAGAGAGAGCUGGGAAGAUCCCUAAAUUCAGUGAAUCUCAACACAAUUCAGCAGCUUAUCUGCAUGCCGUCAUCGAAAGUCUACGGAUUGCCUUCGCCGAUGCUGGAUGGUGGGUGACAGAUCCCGAUGUUGAACACGUCCCAUCCCAGGGCUUACUCGCACGAGAAUACCUAGCCGAGCGAGCCAAGUUAUUCUCACCUGAUGGAGUAGCCGAUAUUAUCGAUCACGGCAGCCCGGCCCACAACCAUAGCGAUACUGUGUUCUUUGCUGUGACGGAUCCAGAGGGUAAUGGGAUGUCCUUCAUUAACAGCAACUACGCCGGCUUCGGGUCAGCCAUCAUUCCCGCCGGCUGUGGGUUUACCUUGCAGAGUCGGGGAGCGAACUUCUCCCUUCAGUCCGGACACCCGAAUGCUCUUGCUCCAGGAAAGCGCCCAUACCACACUAUUAUCCCUGCGAUUGUCACCAACGUGGCAGAUGGGUCUCUGCACUCUGUGUAUGGUGUCAUGGGCGGCUUUAUGCAGCCACAAGGUCACGUACAGGUGCUGCUUAACAUGCUUGCUUUCGGAUACCAUCCCCAGGCUGCACUUGAUUCACCGCGUAUCUGCAUCGAGGCCCCGGUCGCCGAGGGUGGCGGCCGUAUAAUAUGUGUUGAAGAAGGUAUCAGUGCAGAGGCCAUUGAAGGUCUCCAGCGCCUUGGUCAUAAGAUCAAAGUGUUGACCGAUUGGGAACGACAUUUUUUUGGUCGUGGUCAGAUCAUUCGCCUGCAUUAUGACGAGGGACAGCUCGUGUAUAGUGCUGGCAGUGACCCGAGAGGCGAUGGGAUGGCGUUUCCGCUGCUUUAA